AUGCGCUCCUUCUUCUCGCGAUCCCCCGAUCUCGAAGGCGGUCAAAGUCGCGGCAUUUACAAAAAAGGGUUCACCGGCGACCAUCGCGGACGCUCCCACAUCCCCCCUAACCCCUCUCCCCUCUUCUCUCCCCAAUCGCAACACUCACCCUUCAGCAUCCCCUCGGCAUCCUACAGACACGAUACGAUUUUCCGACCACCUCCGAGUCCGAGUCCCAAGAGCGUCACUUUUAGUGAGCGAUCGUGGAGUGCGCUUUCGGGUCCGGGGAAUGGGAAUGUUUUUGCGAAUACCAAUGGUGCGAGCGCUGCACAUUUGGGGAAUUCGCGAGGAGGGGAAAAGAUAUAUUUGGAUCGGGAUCGGGAUCGGGAUCGGGAUCUGAAUCUGGGUCAUUUGGAUCAGGAGCAACUUUCUCGUCUGCAUGAAUAUCUGGGUGUUCUUCCUGCGAGAGGAACGGGAGUCGGAGUCGGAAGAGAGAUUCCUCGGAGUGGAAGAAGAGGGUUUAGUAUGAGUGAUCCGAAUGAUCGGGAUCGGUCUCUUCAUAUUUCUCCUACUUCUGUACCUACAGCUAUACCGCCUCCCCCCCUCUCUCCACACUCCCGACUCAAGAAAAAUCUCAAGCAGAAGGUUGCUGAACAUCAGUUUCGGCGGAAUAGAGAUGGGAGUGCGGGGUGUAGUUGUGAGUAUGAUGUGCUGCUGGGAGAUGAAGAGAAGGAGGUGCAUUAUCGAACGCGGAUUUUUCGAGAGGCGCUGAGGAAUGCGUUGGGUGUUCAGAGGGAAAUGGGAUUGGAGGGGGUGGGGAGUGGGGGGGAGGAGAAGGAUGGAGAGGGAGAGGGAGAGGGAAAGAAACCGGUGAUGCAGAGGAGAGGGGCAAGUGAGGGGGUGAGAGAAGGUGGAUUCACGGGACCGAUGAGGAUGGAGAGGAAAGAGGAAGUGGCGCCGAGGGAUUUGGGGGAGUUUUUGGAGAAAUAUGAUCCCAGGCCGGAGGAUUUACCGGAUGUAUACCCAAUGGGUGAACAUAGAGCAAUGCUGCGAACAAUGUAUUUGGAGGACAUUUUGCACGCGACGGCGAAAUUGCAUAUGCAUAAUUGGAUUUUGUUGAGUCGGAAUGAGAAGUAUGAGGAUUUACGUAUUCCCGCCCGCUGGGACCAAAUUCAAGAAGAUCUCGAAAAAUAUACCCGCUCAAUCCGCAACUACACCUACUGGCUCAGCUCACCAAUUCCCCUCCUCGAUCUCCCUAAAUCAUCUCUUCCCCCCCGUUUCCAUCUCUACGGCAAACAACUCGCGAUUCUCGAAUGUGCGCGCGCGUGGAAUCAUCCGCGCGAAGUGGGGUUGGUCAAUGAGUUGGAGAGGAAGCUGGUCGCGUAUCAGACGGAUUGGAGUGUGAGUAAUGGGGUCUGGAGGGGUGUGAGGAGAGAGGCGAGGAGGAGGGGGUGGAGGGGAGGGAAGGGGAGGGGGUUGGGGAGAUUUGUGGGGGGAGUUGUGGGCGGAAGCAGUAUCCUAACCCCCAUCAGCAUCCUCAUUCUCUGGCCCGGCGGCAUCUCCAAAACCGGCGGUGUGGGAAUCAUCGGAGUCAGCGUGGCGAUUAUGGGCAUCAUACUCGUGUGGAUGAUCCAUGGAGGAGGAGAGCAAAAAAGUGGAUGGGAAGGGAUUGAAGGGGAGAGAGAUGGAGAUGGGAGAGGGGGCAUUUGGGGAGGAGAGUGGGGAUUGAAAGAUGUCAUGCUGGUUUUGGGAGCGUAUGCGGGGGUUUUGGGGAUGUUUUUGGGGGUCGCGGUUGUGUAG